GGGCACGUCCUUCUUCCGUCGCCGUAGUGGAUUCAGAGGAGUCCUUUUUCCCGUUCUCCAUGCGUGGCGGGGAAUUAGCUGUACCAGCCUGUGCUUCUUGUCGCUGCUUGGAUUCAGGUCGCUGCUAGUGGCCAGAAAGGUGCCUUGUUAAUCUUCUUUGCAGAGGGGAGAAAAAGCCAGUCAGGGGCGUGUUUGCUACGAGCUUAUAUCGGGGGCUGUCAAAAUGUUCUCCCUCCUUUUUGUUUGUAUGGGAGAAGUGGAGCUUGUAUGACUGUUAAAGUAGAAGAAUAGCACACAAUGGCAGAAGCAAUUUUCCAUCCUCCCAAAAGGAAGAAAAGAGUAUAUGAAUCAUACAAUUCUCCAUUCCCUAUUUCUUCCUCCGAAGAAGGCAUUUAUGGAAGAGAUUACAGAAUAUGCCAGGCUGAAAUUAUAAACAACAAUGUAAUUGUGAAGAAUCCUGAAGAUAUAGAACAGCUGUAUAGUAAGGGAUUUUUUGGGAAAGGUAUUCUUUCCAGAAGUCGGCCAGAAUACAGUAUUUCAGAUCCUGUGUUGGUUGCUAAGUGGCAAGAUGUCGGGUUAAACAUGCCUAUAAUUUCAUCAAGAAAGUACCAGUGUCAUGUAGAAUGGGCGAAAAGUCUUAUGCAGGAGCAAGGACUGGAUGACUGCACAAUUAACACGGCCAUUCUGAAUUACACUCGGCCCCUUAAUCUGAGAGGAGAAGCUGCGCAACUUAGUGAGUCUCAGGAUGAGGCAAUCCCCAAAAUGGAGGGUGUUGAAGAUGAACCAAAGUGUUUUGUGACUCCUUCUGAAACAAAUGGGGAUAAAGGAGCCUGCUUGGAAGGUGAUCCACUUGUUGACCCACUAGCCAAGUAUGGGUCUAACAGACUGGAUAUAACAGGCUCUAAAACUGUUGCUAAAACUUACUUGGCAACACAGUGUCCCUUCAGUAUGCAUCACAGCUGCAAGCAAGAUGACUGUAUUAAACAAGGAUCUCACAUUUUGAUCAAUAAAGGCUGUAAUGAUGAGUAUGUGUUAAUCCAAGAAGAAGAAUCGAAUUUGUGUCUGAAAGAGGAAGCAAGUGAGAAAUCGCAUUUAAUCAAAAAAGAAAAGUUAGUGUGCAGAAGGAAUCCAUUUAGGAUUUUUGAAUAUUUGCAGCUCAGUCUAGAGGAGGCUUUUUUCUUGGUCUAUGCUCUGGGAUGUUUAAGUAUUUGUUACAAUGAGGCACCUUUAUCUAUUCUGAAGCUAUGGGAAGUUUUUAGUGAAGCACAACCCACAUUUAAGGCUACUUACAUGGCAUAUCACUAUUUCCGUUGCAAAGGAUGGGUCCCUAAAGUUGGCCUGAAAUAUGGAUCUGAUCUCUUGUUGUAUCGAAAAGGUCCUCCUUUUUACCAUGCCAGUUAUUCUGUUAUUGCUGAAUUAGUUAAUGAUGAGUUUGAAGGAUCAUCACACAGACCUUUCAGCUGGAAGUCUUUGUCUGGGUUGAACAGAACUACAGCAAAUGUUUCUAAGGAACUCAUGUUCUGCUAUUUGAUUCAGCCAUCUGAUAUGACUGAAAAAGAAAUGUUGUCACCAGAAUGUCUCAAAAGAAUUAAAGUUCAGGAAUUGAUUUUAAAUCGUUGGGUCUCAUCCCAUGAGCGCAGUGAACAAGAGAUGUGAUAAUUCUGCCUUAUUGAAUUGGAUAAUUGGAUAAUUCUGCCUUAUUGAAAUAACUGCAAUAAACUAAAUGAAAUGUCAAAAUGUUUACUCCAGUAGAGCUGUCCGUGCAUGUUGCAUACAAUAUAUAUAGUCAAACAUUUUUAAAAUUACACUAUAAAGCAAUACAAGAUUAAAAAAGAAACCAGGUUGAACACUGACAACUAUUCUUUGAUGCUAUUUUGACAAUACAGAAAAAUAUUAAAAUUGUGUUGUUAGCUCAGCUUGUAUUGAUAUUUCUUUAGCAUAGUUUUGGUACAGGUAAUUACUCUACAGUAGGAAUUAACCAAGCUGCAGUUUGGGAACCUGUGGUGCUUCAGACUAAACUUCCUAUCAUUCCUGACCAUUGGUCAUGAUGGCUAGGGUGAUAGGAGUUGGAGUCCCAACAACAUCUGGAGAGCUAAAGCUUCUCCAUUCCUUAAACAUGGUUAUAGUUACUGCCACUGUGAAACUGGAAAUCCAGUUUCACAAAUUACAGAGCAUCAAAUUGUUUCUUCCUACUUUGGACCUAAGAAGUGUUUACAGAAUGCAUGUAAAUAAUGGUGGACCUGGUUUACAGAGGAAUCCUAUGCAUGUUUCAUACAAUCAUAGAAUAGCAGAGUUGGAAGGGGCCUAUACGACCAUCGAGUCCAACCCCUUGCUCAAGGCAGGAAUCCAACUUAAAACAUAUAGGUGCCUCUCAAAGGCCUUCAGUGUUCGAGAGCCUGAACGUAAAUCAGAGUGUGUCCAGUGGAGCUUACUCCUUAAGUAAGUGUGCAUGGGACCAUAACCUGAGUUCACCUAUAUUUGCUUUAAAUCAGAAACAUAUCCAGAAUGGAAAAUUUUCAGUUUUCCACCUAUCAGCCUAUGUCAAUCAACAUUUUACUGCAGUAUGUGUGAAUGAAAAGCUUUUCUGAUACAGUUAAUGGUUUUGAAAAGCUGCUCACAAUAUGCAAAAAAUAAAUAAAUUUCAACAUCUGAGAAUGCAAAUAAAGUCUUUUUUGUUUUGUGUUACUAAAUGUCAUUGUUGACAAAAACCGAAAGAAGCUUAUUGGAAAGGGUGCAUUAGGUGUCAAAGCUUUGCAAUCUUAUGUACUCUUUGAAAUGAUCCUUGUCUGUCUCUAUGGGACUGCCUUCCAAAUAAACAUGCAUUAAGUCAUGCUGCAUGUAUCACUGCCCCAGCUUCCCGUGUUCCUUGAGACAUUAAGAACAAGGAGUAUAAAUGCCUUAACCUGAGGAUUUUACUUUUGUUGUUAUCUAGUUCCUUUAUAAUAAAGCCAAGUGGCCCCCUGUGGAGGUGCCCUCUUCUUGAGCAGGGUGGUCAACAACAUAGAAGCCAUUCUUGCAUACUUCCUUGUAGAUGGUGAUAUACUUGGAAGCUUUCCUUGUUCGUGGGAUCACAAAUCUCUCUGUAAAGUCACUUUUAUGCAUUUGCUGCUUCUUUUGGGCACUCAGCACACAGUUAAUAAAUGUUAGUGCA